AUGCCGGCAAUGUCGUCGUUUAUAGAUUAUCAAUCGACUGGCACUAACACACCUUUGACAUGUGUUUUGGACAAGUAAGUAAAAGCUUUGUAUUGUAGAAUUAAAUUUUUAGAAUUUCAAAGAUUUUGGAGCGUAGACUGAUUGAGACUCGAAAUAAAGUUGACAAACUGAAUGAUGUUUAUGUAGCUGAGCGUUCCAAUCGAUUUGUGCAAGAAGAUGUUCAUGAUCUUGAAGUAACUUUUAAUGUUUUGUUGGUCUUUAGGUUUAAUUUGUUGGGAAUGCUCGACUUAUCUUGAAAUUUUGGGUAUCAAAAUUCCCCUAUGGACUUGGCUUUCUCGUGUUUUACUGUGUUUAUUACAGGGAUCAGGUCAUGACUACUUAUUCAACAAAGUUUUGGAAAGUCGACAGUUGGCCUUGGAACGACGGAAUUCCGAUUUAGAACGACGGCUAAUUGUGAAUGAAACUGUUAACAAACACUUUGAAGACGUUAUUCAUGAAGUAAGCUUUCUGUCCAUUGUCUUAAUUUAGAUUACUUUAGUUUGAACGAGAUCUUCUGAAGAUCCUCGCUGAUGCCAAGUCCACGGAGGUUGAACGAGUGGCCUAUUGCCUGAAGUUCAAGAGUGAAAACUCUGAAUUGAAGCGAAAAAUCGACGAGGAGGAGAGGUAUUCGUUAGGUUUGGUACAAGAAAAAGAGAAGAUUGAAGGAACAGCUAUUGAACUUCAAGAGGUAAGUUGAAACUGCUGAUUAAGUUAUUCCUCGACAUUUAGAAAGUGAAUUCUCUCAAUGACAAGAUUAAAGAGAUGGAUGAAAAGUUGACCGCAGUGGAAAUUGAGAACAAAAGUGAGUAAUGAUUAUUUUUUCAAAAACUUUUUCUUAUCUUUAGAGCUCACUAUGGACUCAGCUAGUAUGAUAAACCGUCUAAAAUCAGAUGCCGAUGAGUUCAAGAAGCUCCAGGACACGCUUGAAGAAACCAAGGACAAUAACCAAGCCUUGCUAGAGAAGAUCAAAGCGCUUGAGAACCAUUUGGAAGUCGAAAAGCGUCGAGUCAAAGCGAUUUCCGCUGAAUAUGAAGAUCGAAUUGACAAGGAGAAGGAGCUUCUAAAAGAAGAAUUAUCGAUAAAACAUGAGAAUCUCCUACUUGAGCAAAGGAACGGGCAUAAUCUACUUGCUCAACGGAUGAAAGAAAGCUUCGAAAAACAGAUGAAGCUGGCCGCGGAAUAUAAUGAUGAAUGUGUGGCCAAAUUAAAGAAAUAUCAGCAGAGGUAUUCAGACUUGGAGAAGAACUUUGAGAAGAGGGUACUACAGGAGGUGACCAAGAAAUGCCAAGAGUUGGAAAAGAGGUAUAUGAAGAUCGCGUCGGUCCCAAUUACUGUUGGAAAAGGUAGUGAUUUUGGUAUAUGAUUGGUAGUUUUUAUAGGGAAUUUAGAGUUUACAUUAUAUUAUCCAUGAUAAUAUUAGGUAAUUUGGAGAUUUUCUUGAGCUCUCUUACCCUGACUCCUUUCAGUAACCCCAGAAAAAGAAGUCGAUACUGAUAUCGAGAACAUCCCCAGAAGGCUCCUCCGUGAAUGGCAACAGAGCGACGCGGACUCCAGGUCCUCAGUUUCGUCGCUUGGGUCAAGGUCAAAUUAUGUAAGCUUUGCUUUUUUCUGUUAUGUUGUAUACAAUAUAAUUUUUUUCUUCAUAAUCAAUCGCUGAUUUCAGUCCCGAGACAAACGAUGA